AUGAAAAAGAUGAGAUUAUCUUCUGUGGUGUUGUCUAUUACAGCUGUGAAAGCAGUGCUUGCUACCACCUACUCUGUUGAGCUAUACGUUGAUUCCACUGACGAUUCCAUUGCUGGAAAGGCAUUAUCAUCAAUUCAUGAGGGUGCUGGAAUAAAUUAUUUCCUCUUGGGUACUAGUCCUGAAGUACUUACUUACGAUGACUCUACUCAGUUCUUGGGAGGUGAAGUUGGCUACGUGAGUACUUACGAUGACUUUCUUCUUGAAGGUGUACUUGGAGCUGGGAACAUAACAUUUGACGGUGAGCACCUUGUCGUCAAUGAUAUUAAAGAUUUCUAUGCCGCUAAGAAUGUAAAUGACCCUUACCAGUAUUCAACUCAACUGUAUAUUGUUCUUUCAUCGAAUCUGGAUGCAACAGACAGCAUCAAGUUCAAUAUUAAAGUAAGUGGAUUACCUUCCAGUUUAGCUUCAUCUUCUUUAGCUGCAUCGGAAGCUGUCUCAGACACUUCUAGUACUUUAGUUAGUUCUGUCUCGGCUUCUUCUUCUACAAUUGAAGCUACUGAACUUCUCACAGCUUCGCGUUCGUCCGUUGAAAGCUCUUCAACUGAAUCUGUUGAAGAGCAAUCAACUACCGACUCAACCAGUGUCAGUGAAUCUGGCAUUUCGAGAUUUGCAACGUCGUCAGCAUCAGGUUUGGUAAAGUCAUCAUCAAUAAUCAACUCAACUAUUACUACUGCCAUAUUAACACUGAGUGCUAGGAAUUCGACUUCGGUCAGAACUUCUCAAACUAGUCUGCUCACUUCAAUUACCACAGAUUCCACACACAGUACUCACUCCUCCUCUUCUGCAACAGGAACAGGUUCAUCUUCGAGCAAAGGAGCUGCCAACAAAUUGAAUUCUCUUGGUGCAGGUCUUAUUGCUGUUGCAUGUUAUUUACUUUAA